AUGGCCAUAGAAGAUCAAGAGAAGACCUCAUUCAUGGCAGAUUCCACCAUCUAUUGUUAUAAGGCCAUGCCAUUCGGCUUAAAGAACGCAGGGGCUACAUUUCAGAGGCUAAUCAACAAGAUCUUUGCUGAUUUAAUUGGGAAAACCAUUGAGGCUUACGUAGAUGACAUGGUGGUCAAAAGUAAACAGGUGGAUGAUCAUAUCACUUAUCUUGAAGAAGUGUUUUCCACGCUACGAAAAUACAACAUGAAGCUCAACCCAACAAAAUGUGCCUUUGGGGUAGCAUCAGGAAAGUUUCUAGGUUUCAUGAUCACAAAUAGAGGAAUAGAAGCCAACCCUGACAAGAUCCAAGCCCUGGUAUCUAUGGAAGCCCCAAAGAGCAAAAAGGACAUCCAAAAGCUUACAAGUAAGGUAGCAGCAUUGAACAGAUUUGUCUCUCGGGCAGCAGAUAGAUGUUUCCCUUUUUUCAAAGUUCUAAGAGGCCACAAGAGUUUUGAAUGGAAUGACGAAUGCGAUCUAGCCUUCCAACAACUUAAGCAAACUUUAGCUGUACCUUCGGUUCUUGCCAAACCAGAGCCUGGUGAUACUUUGUUCCUUUACUUGGCUGUUUCUCAAAAUGCCGUAAGUGGGGUACUAGUAAAGGAAAAAGAAAGGGUACAACAACCCAUCUACUAUGUCAAUGAAGUACUUCUUGACACAGAAACUCGGUAUAACCUUGCGGAACAGUUAGCUCUUGCUUUGAUAGUAACUGCUAGAAAGUUGCGACAAUAUUUCCAAUCUCACCCUAUAAUAGUUCUCACCAAUCAACCACUUAAGCACAUACUUCAGAGGCCAGAUGUCUCAGGAAGGCUAUUAAAAUGGGCGAUUGAGCUUGGCGAGUUCGACAUAGAAUUCAAGCCUCGACCUUCCAUCAAAGCGCAAGCACUGGCCGACUUCAUAGCUGAACUCACUCCAAAGACAGAAAGGCUAGAAGUAGAAAACCUGAGCAUGACCUCAAAAACUGGGAGAUAUUUGUUUGAGUUUGAAGCAACCAACAAUGAAGCGGAAUAUGAAGCUGUGGUCAUUGCUCUCGAACUUGCCAGGAAUUUGGAAUUAGAGCACAUCAGAGUCUUCAGCGACUCACAGCUCGUUGUUGGACAGAUUGAAGGAUCCUUUGAAAGAAAAGAUGAAAAGAUGAGCUCAUACUGUCUAAAAGUGCAUGACCUUCAAAGGCAGUUCACAAGUUGUGAAAUAUUGAAAAUAGCAAGGGCAGAUAACUCCAAAGCUGAUGCACUAUCUAGACUUGUUUUCAUGAGGAUAGAUGGACUCAACAAAACAGUGCACAUCAAGAUUGUCACAGAGCCUAGCAUAAACAUGAAGCCGAGCGUCAUGGACAUUGACCAUGAGCCCUCCUGGAUUGAUCCAAUAGUUGAGUAUAUAAGUAAUGGAGACCUACCUCCUGACCCUCGUGCCGCAAGAAGUAUUCGAGCCAAAACUGCUAGGUAUUGCAUGAUAGGAGGGGUGCUGUUUCGACGAAGUCUCACGCUCCCCUAUCUGAGAUGCCUUAAGCCUUCCGAAUCUCUCCAAGCCCUGACUGAGGUUCACGAGGGAGUAUGCAGAAAUCACCAGGGAGCCAGGGUCCUUGCCUACAAAUUAAUAAGAUAUGGAUACUACUGGCCAACUAUGAAAAAAGAUGCAGCUGAAUAUGUCAAAAGAUGUGACAAAUGUCAGAGGUUUGGUAAUGCUAUACAUGCCCCUGUAGAAGAGCUGACAUUUAUCCAUUAUUUAGCACCAUUUGAACAAUGGGGAGUCGACAUUCUUGGUCCUUUCCCCAUGGCCCGAGGACAAUUAAAAUUUGCUGCGGUAGCAGUUGAAUACUUCACAAAGUGGGUAGAAGCCGAACCCCUAGCAAAAAUAUCAGAGGCCAAGCUCAGAUCAUUUAUAUGGAAGUCUAUUAUAUGUAGGUUCGGAAUACCCAAAGUACUUAUAACAAACAAUGGAAGGCAGUUCGACAAUUCACAAUUCAGGAAAUUUUGUGUCAAUCUCGGUAUCGACCAUCGUCUGACAUCAGUAUCGCACCCUCAAAGCAAUGGCCUCGCUGAGGUGACAAAUAGAAUCAUACUUCAGGACCUUCGCACCAGGAUCGGAAAUGCAAGAGGUGAGUGGCCCGAUGAGUUGUCCUCUAUACUAUGGGCAUAUAGAACUUCUCAUAAGACAGCAACAGGCGAGACUCCUUUCAUGUUAGCUUUUGGUUUGGAGGCCACUAUCCCCAUCGAAGUCAGUCUUCCCAAUUUAAGGAGGGUUGAACCCGGCAUGGAAGACCGAACAACCGAACAUCUUGACUUGCUUGAAGAAGUAAGAGAACAAGCUUCACUGAGAGCUGUUAGUUACCAAAAUAAAAUGGCAAAGUAUUUCAACACCAAAGUCAAGUCCCGAGAAUUUAUGAAUGGCGAUUUGGUUCUAAGAAGAGCAGAGGCUGCUGGACACCCUCCAGGUAAACUUGGACCAGUAUGGGAAGGGCCAUUCGCAGUCAUACGAAGGAUCAAAGGAGGAGCAUACAGCCUUAGAGAUACUUCAGGAAAUCCACUCCCGAGGCCUUGGAACGUGGAUAACCUAAAAAUAUAUUACAAGUAG